AUGGGUAAAGGCAAAACUUUAAGGAGUGAUUUACGAAAUGUGGUGUUAAAGGUUAUGACUUAUUUCGAAAAUGAGAAGAAAAACCGUUCUUACAUAAUACCUGUCGAUCAAGCUAUGAAACGCACGGCAAUGGCGACUGGUAUAUCUGAACGCACGUUACGAAACAUAAAACAAGAGGUAAAAAAAGUAGCGUCAGCAUCGUCAGAAGCUGGUGCAAAUGAUUGGAAGAGAGAAAUCAACCAUGUUGAUAGAUUAAGGCAACAAUACUGGGAAAGUGAUCGACUGCAAGAAUUAAACGAGAGAGAACUCAUAAUUUCAUUGGGGACAGAUUCAGAGAGUGAUACGGACUCAAUUUUUAGUGACAGUGAGAGUGAAAUAUCUGGUGUAGAAUCUAUGGACGUUAGUGAU